AUGCUGGGGGCAGCCAGGCUCCCGCGGCGGCGGCGGCAGCAGCAGCCCCGGCUUUGGCUGAUGAGCGCGGAGCCGCCGCCGCCGCCGCCGCCCUGGCUCUGGAUGGUGCCCGGCUCGGCCGGGCUGCUCCGCCCGGGCCCCGGGGUCGCGCCCCCGCGCGUGCUGCUGGCCUCGGCGCGGCCCCCCGCCGCCCCGCUGCUGCCCGGCUGGCCGGCCCCGGGAGAGGCGCUGCUGCCGCUGCUGCCGCUGCCCGCCGCGCCCGGCCACGCCGCCGCCGCCGCCGCCGCCGCCGGGCACCCCUGCGCGCUGCCCCCCGGACAGUGGCUGUUUGGUGGCCCCCCUCCACCUGUGGGCCUGCCCCCCUCCUCUGCUGUGGAGCUGGUGCCCUUCCUCCCUCACAUUUGCCCGGCUGCUCUUCCAGCUCUUGUUGGCAAAAGUUGGGUAGACAAAAGGAUCCCUAACUGCAAGAUCGUCCUGAACAAUUCCUUCGCUCUCGAGUCCACGUGGCUGUAUCCUGAUGACUCAAGUCUGUUCCCUGGGCCCGAGAAACCUCAUUUCCUGACAAACCAAGUGGCCGUGUGUCUGUCCAGGCCUGCGCCUGCCUCCAGGCCACUGCCUGCAGUGGUUUUGGCCCCACCACCCAUCCCAGAUGCCAGUCACACCAGCCUGCGGCCACUCAGCAGAAGUCCUGCCUUCACCAUCGCCACUGCCACAGCUGUUGUCUCUGUGGAACCCGAGGGCUGCGGUGACCCAGCUCCACCCACCAUGCAGCCCUGCCGCCUGCUGACCCUCCACCCCUGCCCCAGCUCAGAGAGAAGCCGAGAGCACAGCCAGCGGCCUGGACCUCCUUCCCUGGUGCUGCACACAGAGCCGAAGGGCCCAGCCCGGGACCAAGGAGAGAAGGAACCACCAUCCAUACUUGUCCCCCGAGAGGACAGUGCAGCUAGAGGCAGCAGACCUGUAGCCUCCACACCAGUGCCUGGAUCCCCCUGGUGUGUGGUGUGGACGGGCGACGACCGCGUCUUCUUCUUCAACCCCACCAUGCAGCUGUCAGUCUGGGAGAAACCAGGUGACCUGCAGCAUCGUGGGGACCUCAUCCAGAUCCUGGGGGACCCGCCCCAUAAGCGCAAGCUGGAGGUGGCAGCUGAUGGUGGCCCCGAAGCUGCCUCUGCAGAUGUCAGGGAGGUGCUGAGCACGAGGACCAAGAGAAACCGGACAGACGGCAGCAAUAGCUCGGAGCCCACAGAGGCAAAUGGUCAGGACAAGGACAGCCGGACAUCACCCCAGAUUCUCCUGCCACUGGAGCAGCGUGUAGCCCACUUCCGAGACAUGCUCCUGGAGAGAGGGGUGUCUGCCUUCUCCACCUGGGAGAAGGAGCUGCACAAGAUCGUGUUUGACCCCCGCUACCUGCUGCUCAACUCGGAGGAGCGAAGGCAGAGCUUUGAGCAGUUUGUGAAGACCAGGGUCAAGGAGGAGUCAAAGGAGAAGAGGACAAAGCUGCUGCUGGCCCGAGAUGGGUUCAGGAAGCUCCUAGAGGAGUCAAAAGUGUCCCCCCGGACCACGUUCAAGGAGUUCGCUGACAAGUACGGCCGUGACCAGAGGUUCCGCCUGGUGCAGAAACGCAAGGACCAGGAGCACUUCUUCAACCAGUUCAUCCUGGUUCUCAAGAAACGGGACAAGGAGAACAGACUACGGCUCCGGAAAAUGAGAUGAGGGUGUUAGGAGCAGGACUGAGGCCAGGCCAGGGCAGGACAGCAGAUGAUGGGGGCCGUGAUAUUUUUGGGGGUGGGGAUGUGUGGUCAGGAGCUCAGGUGAGUGUGGCCAGUGCAUGGGGGUCAGCAGAUGAGAGUGCCGUGGCUUGUCCCUGAGGAUUUUACUGUUUCAUAUUGAAGCUCUUUUGUACGACGUUCCGAGUUUGAUGUCACGAUCUGCGGGUCUGUGUUUCAGCUAUGCAUCUCACAUGUGAUAUGUGAAGGCAUGCCUGUGGCUGCCUAGGGGACUGGCCACCCAUGUGUCCCCCAUGCUGCCUGGACACCAUGCCUACCUGUGAUCCUGUGGCCCCAUGCUCUGCCUCCUUCCUCCAUGUCCCUGUCUGUCUUGGGUCCUAGUAGUAGCAAUAGGGCAUUCAUCACUCAUCCUGGUACUGCCUCAUGUACCAGGCAGGGCCCCUUCUCUGCAGAGGCCUCAUGCCUGAGACAGAACCCCAAGACUUGAGCCCCCCCUUACAAAGAAUAAUUUUGUACAAACCCAUCAUACUAUGAUUUCAGUUAUUUUUACUGUAUGCCCAGAGUUUGCAUGAGAUUUUUCUCAUCAUCUUUGUACAAAGAAUUUUUAAUUUUUUAAAAUUAAAUAUUUGAAACCAGUGUGCUUUGUGAUGAGA